AUGGAAGAUGAACUCCAAAUGAUUGAGAAAAAUGGUACUUGGGAAUUGGUUGACAGACCAACUGAGAAACCAGUUAUUGGAGUCAAAUGGAGUUCACAAACCCAAGCUAAACUUGGAUGGUUCAGUUCAAAAGAACAAGGCAAGGUUAGUUGCAAAAGGAUAUGCUCAGAAACCGGACUGGAUUACAAUGAAACCUAUGCUCCUGUGCUAGAUUGGACACCAUUAGAACCCUCUUGCCUUAGUGCUCAGAAAGAGUGGAAGUGUACCAGCUUGAUGUAA